GAGGCGCGCGCGCGCACACACGCGCACACAUCAGCCCGGCGCGCUCCGAGAUCCCCGGCCACGUAAGUAACUAUUAAUACCGCCUCGCCGGGAGAUGCGGGCUUGCUGAGCACUGGGAUUGGCCUCGGACACUGUCGGCCACCCCCCCCCCCCCCUUGCAACCCCCACCUUCCAUUCUAAAUACUCAGUCCUCUUACCUCUGUGUAGAGGAAGGAAAAAAAAGAAAAGAAAAAGAAAAAGAAGGAAAGCCGCCAGUUUCCUCCAAAACAAACCCUAGCAGGCAAUUUGGGUUUAGGGCAGGGGGAAUCGGAGUGGUUGCAAAUUAUUCCAAGCAAGAUCCCCGCCUACCGCGGGGAAGGAACGCUGCAGGUUGGUAGAGGCGCUUCCCGUGCCUGGAGGACCCCCCGGAAGCUCGUGCCUAGGAAAUCGGAGACCAUUGAUCUGUCCUUGUCCCUGCCCGCACUUCUCUCAGUAUUUGGAGGACGUUCUGGAGCGCCAGGGAGCAGCGACAGCAUGAGCCUGUGCUGACCCCUGCCUGGCGGGCCAAGUCCUGGCUUUGUCCCGGUACCUGUGCCCGGGCCACGCUGCAACUCCCGUGCCCAGCUUUUGCAAUCUUUUGUUGGCAUCGCUGACCGCUCUAAGUUAAAUGCUCUCUCUUUUUUUUUUUUUUUUGGUCUGUUUGUUUAAUUUUUGGAGAGCUCUGGCAAUCUUGGAAAAGCCUCAGACGCCACCUACAGUUAGAACGUAGGUAACUACCCUCUCCAGAACCCCCCCCCCUCCUUCCACGCCCCCCACCCUUUCCACCAAAAAAGGGGGUGCCGCGCGGAUUCUGUCUGCCUGGCGGCGCGAGCCGGUAGACCCGUGCUUAUUUCCUUUCUCUUUUUUUUGGCUGGGUCUCUAACGCUGGGAGACCUAGCCGCCGCGGCUCGCCCGCGAAGAUUGCACGACCCGUCUGCGAUUCGGAAGCCUGCGUGGGGAUCGCUUCGGGAGUUCGGGCGCUGCAGCUCCCCACCUUAGCCAGCCGGUGACGCGUCUAGAUCCACGUUGGAAAGAGGGACAGAGGAAAGAAAGAGGAGAGCGAGCGAGCGAGCGGGCGAGCGAAACAAACAAAAAAGUGCUGGAGAUUUCUGCACACCGCGGGCUGCUUUGGGGUAACAAAAGGACCCGAGUUGCCGACUGAGCGCCCCCCGGGAGCCGGGCUCGGAGCGGACUAGGUGCCGGUCGGCGCCCAUUCUGGGGCUUCUAACUCUUUCUCCACGUAGUCCCCUUCCCGUCCCCUCCCCUCUCGUUCCCUUUUAAGAUCCGUGGCACGGAGGCGCCUGCAGCAGCUCUCGCCCGCGACUCAUCUCUCCAGCGGGGUUUUUUUGUUUGUUUGUUUGUUGGUUGGUCGGUCGUGUGCGAUCCCCACACUCAUGAACAUACACAGGUCCACCCCUAUCACAAUAGCAAGAUAUGGGCGAUCGCGGAACAAAACCCAGGAUUUCGAAGAGUUGUCGUCUAUAAGGUCCGCCGAACCCAGCCAGAGUUUCAGCCCGAACCUUGGCUCCCCGAGCCCGCCCGAGACUCCGAACUUGUCGCAUUGCGUUUCUUGCAUCGGGAAAUACUUAUUGUUGGAACCUCUGGAGGGAGACCACGUUUUUCGUGCCGUGCAUCUGCACAGUGGAGAGGAGCUGGUGUGCAAGGUAUUUGAUAUCAGCUGCUACCAGGAGUCCCUGGCCCCGUGCUUUUGCCUGUCUGCCCAUAGCAACAUCAACCAAAUCACCGAAAUUAUCCUGGGGGAGACCAAAGCCUAUGUGUUCUUUGAGCGCAGCUAUGGGGACAUGCAUUCCUUUGUCCGCACCUGCAAGAAGCUGAGGGAGGAGGAGGCAGCCAGACUGUUCUACCAGAUCGCCUCAGCAGUGGCCCACUGCCACGACGGGGGUCUGGUGCUGCGGGAUCUCAAGCUGCGGAAAUUCAUCUUUAAGGAUGAAGAAAGGACUCGGGUCAAGCUGGAAAGCUUGGAAGAUGCAUAUAUUCUGCGGGGAGACGAUGAUUCCCUUUCUGACAAGCACGGCUGCCCCGCGUACGUAAGUCCGGAGAUCUUGAACACCAGUGGCAGCUACUCGGGCAAAGCCGCCGAUGUGUGGAGCCUGGGAGUGAUGCUCUACACCAUGUUGGUAGGGCGGUACCCUUUCCAUGACAUUGAGCCCAGUUCCCUCUUCAGCAAGAUCCGGCGUGGCCAGUUCAACAUUCCAGAGACUCUGUCACCCAAGGCCAAGUGCCUCAUCCGAAGCAUCCUGCGGCGGGAGCCCUCCGAGAGGCUGACCUCCCAGGAAAUUCUGGACCAUCCUUGGUUUUCUACAGAUUUUAGUGUGUCGAAUUCAGGCUAUGGUGCUAAGGAAGUGUCUGAUCAGCUGGUGCCGGAUGUCAAUAUGGAAGAGAACUUGGACCCAUUCUUUAACUGAGCUCACGCCCCCAUCCCCACACAGAGACUUAACAGGUACCAGGAGCGAGAGAGAGAGAGGGCAGGGAAAGGCAUUCUUCCAGGAAACACACCACAUCGCUUGGCUCGGUAGCAAGAAAGACACUGACACUCACACGUUUCUUUGUUCAAAGAAGAAAAACCUUCAAGGAGCUGACGUAAACAUGUAGCACCGGGGCAAGAGAGGUGGGAUGGGGGUCUAGCUCUGUGGACUGGUGAGCAGAGUGGAGGAGACCCCCACUGGAGUUUCUCUCCCUUGGUGUAAGCCCCGAAGAUCAUCCCUGUCAAUUGGGCCACUUCCACCUAACCCACUUUUCAUUUGGUUCAAAACUAGUCUCAGAUCCUGACAGAAUCGAAACUCUGCCUCAGACACACAUCUUGGCAUCGCACUGUUAGCAUUUAACUUCUUGUCACGAUUCAGGGAAGGUACAAUUGGCCAAGGAUUUUCUUACUUUCUUUCUUUCUUCUUCUUCUUUUUUUUUCUUUUAAACAAGCCAACCACCUAUCCGAUAGUUAACGGGGUACACUUAAAACAAUUCGGUGCACACAGACUGACACGAAACCUGGGUGCUAAACUAAAAGAAAAUUAAAAGUCCAUUUUGUGUCUCUUAAUCACUUUCUUCAACUCAUUUCUUCUAAAUAAACUAUUUACUAUCCUGGUCAGGAAAUAGCAUGGUAAUGCUUUGUUCCCUGAAGGGAAAAAAAAAAUAUCUGUCCUUUAACAAGCUAUUCUGUUUUGUGUCAAUUGGUUUCUGGCAGGAAGCUAUUAGAAGUCAAACUUCCAGAUGCAUUACUGCUAUCAUAGUUUAAAGAAAGGGGGAAGGGGGCCAGGGAAAGAGAAAUGUAACUCCUUCAUUUUUUCUCUUGAAUGAUGAGGCUGCAUUACAGGCAUUCCUGUUUGCUGAGAUGACAGCAACAGCUUAAGAGAGCAGGAAGGCCUGGGAACCUGGAGCUUUUGCAACACUGAUCUUUGAUUGGAAACCGGUGAAGCAAAGCAGGUUGUCCCACCCGUAUGAAAUACAGGGCAGCUAUUUCAUUUUUUAUACGAAGAAUGAUCCUUGUGACUUGGAAGGCUCUCUGGUUUGGACAGAAACCCUCAGUAGAGACAAGCAAGAAGGAUAAUAAGCUGAAAGCUAGGAUGAUAUAAAUAAAAGCAGCUCUCUAUCCCAAUACGCACCUUUGUAUUUUCAAAAACUCUUCUAUUUAUUAAGGAAAAUGUCACAUUGUGAUGUAUUAAGCCAGUACUUCAAUUACGGGUUGACUUGGGAUAACAUGUUACAUGCUGUAGUUAACAUUUAUAUCUAUUUUUUUUUCUUGUUUGAGUAUUUCUGUCCCUGAAAUAACCCUUAAUUUGGCUUCUCUAGAUAGCUUUAUUUGAUUUCGAGUGGCAAAUGUUUUGGGUUUUUUUUUUAUUACGGCUUUUCUAUUGCUGUAUGAUGCAGAACUCUUUUGGCAUAAAUAUUUGUGUUCCCAGUACCUCAGUUGUUUGAAUUUUACUGCCUGUAUAUGUUUUGUGAAAUGGUCAUGUUUUUGGGUAGGUAACACGUGGACUCUAGUGUGUAAAUGUUACUUGAAUCUGUGCUUCAUUAGAGUAUGUGGCAUGUAUGUGCAGAUCUUGGAUGCUUUAUGCCUGCCCAGCAGGACCCCGACCCUCGUGUUCCUAGGAGGGCGGCCUCCACGUUCAUAGUCACAAGACAAGGCGGCCAUGGAUUUGCCCUGGAUUCUAUUUUGAUAAUGGAAGAUAUGAAGGAGAGAGGUUUUUGACAUUCUGAAGACGGUGCUGUGUCAAGAAGGACCUUUUCUUCUUCCCUCUCCCCUAUUUUUUCAGUACCCCAAAGGAGAAAAGAUUGGUGACAUGCAUGGCGGGAAUCUAUGGCCUCUGGUGCUUUGUCCUGUAUUUGGUUUAAUGUUUUUGUCCUAAUCUCUUCAAUCAAUAAAAUUGUGCGUAUUUAAUUAAGACGCUGUGGCA